GGAUAUUUGACGAAAACUUCCGUUAUCACGAUCCAAUUUCCAGGCGGAGCUGUUGAUAUCCUCAGCUUUCGUGAGAGGAACCUUUUGACCGGACCCGCAAGUGUUCAUCAAGAAGUGGUAAGUUGGUGGUAAAAGUCAACUGAGGGCUCUCCGAGCAGAAACAACAACAAUUGCUUGCAGCUGAUGCAGAGAACGGCAUCGGCUGCAACGAUCGCUGCAGGCCUUCACCCGUCCUCGCAACCAUCUUCAAGCAACGGUGUCGCAGAGAUUGUAACUCUCAGGCUCACGCCAAGGCGGAAGAAGAAGGCGGUGAAGUGGUCAGAGGACGUAGUGGACAACGAAUUCCUCAACAAGAAGUCUUCCAAGAAGUGCUGCAUAUUCCACAAGCAGCGGCCAUUUGGGGAGUGGAGCGAUAAUGAGGACGAGACUCCAUGCAGAGAUGCCAAGUAGGCAUCUUUAAAACUUUGUAGAGAUGCAGCACAAGGAUGAAGGGCUGCUUGCAGAGCAGUUGCUGCGUCAAGGGCAGAACAGCUCAGCAUGGCAGCCUCAGAUCAGCAGGGCAGUGUCUGAGCUUUCACAGUGGAAUACAUGUUCCUGAUCAGUAUGAUAUGAGGUGGCAGACCUCAUGAGCAAUUCCUCAAUAGAUUGAUGGAGUGACAGAAAGUAUGGGCCGGAGCCAAUUGCUACAGUAUCAUCAGGUUUCUGAUCUCAACAACUUUCCUCUAGACACAUGGACAGCUGGAAGUGUUUGCGCAAUGGAGCUAGGCCCCUGCAGUCUUGCUUUCUGGUGCAUUAUGAUAAUGGGUGAUAGGCCCUUGCAAAGCUUGUAAAGUAGCCAUAAGUGC